AUGAGCCUGCAGAUCGGGGAGGUGACCAACGUGGUCAUCUCCUCCCCAGAAGCAGCCAAACUGAUGCGAAAGAUCUGCAUCGUGGAGCUGCUCAGCGCAAGGCGCGUUGCUUCGUUCCGCUCUAUCAGGGAGGAGGAGGUCUCCACUCUUAUCUCCCGCAUUCGUGUCGCUGCAACUGCGAGGGAUGAGGAGGGCGUCGACCUCUGA